UUUCGCAAAAAUGAUGAAAUGAAAGCUAUGGAAGUAUUGCCAAUUUUAAAGGAAAAAGUUGCCUACCUUUCAGGUGGCAGAGAUAAGCGUGGAGGUCCCAUUCUAACGUUUCCAGCUCGUAGUAAUCAUGACAGAAUACGGCAAGAAGACCUUAGAAGACUAAUUUCAUACCUAGCGUGUAUUCCUAGUGAGGAAGUGUGUAAACGAGGAUUCACCGUCAUUGUAGAUAUGCGUGGGUCAAAAUGGGACUCCAUAAAGCCUCUGCUGAAGAUUUUACAGGAAUCCUUUCCAUGUUGUAUUCAUGUUGCACUGAUAAUCAAGCCAGAUAAUUUCUGGCAGAAACAGAGGACUAACUUUGGCAGCUCUAAGUUUGAGUUUGAGACAAAUAUGGUGUCUCUGGAAGGCCUUACCAAAGUAGUUGAUCCUUCUCAGCUAACCCCAGAAUUUGAUGGCUGUUUGGAGUACAACCAUGAGGAGUGGAUAGAAAUCAGAGUUGCCUUUGAGGACUACAUUAGCAAUGCAACCCAUAUGCUGUCCAGACUGGAGGAACUGCAAGAUAUAUUGUCAAAAAAGGAAAUGCCUCAGGACCUGGAAGGUGCUCGCAAUAUGAUAGAGGAGCAUUCACAAUUGAAGAAGAAAGUCAUUAAGGCCCCUAUCGAGGACCUUGAUGUGGAAGGACAAAAGCUGCUCCAGCGGAUACAGAGCAGUGAUAGCUUUCCCAAAAAGAACUCUGGGUCAGGGAAUGCGGACUUACAGAACCUUCUACCCAAAGUAUCCACCAUGCUGGACAGGCUGCACUCAACACGGCAGCAUCUGCAUCAGAUGUGGCAUGUGCGGAAGUUGAAAUUGGACCAAUGUUUUCAGCUCAGGCUGUUUGAGCAGGAUGCUGAAAAGAUGUUUGACUGGAUCACACACAACAAAGGUCUGUUUCUGAACAGCUACACAGAGAUUGGAACCAGUCACCCCCACGCGAUGGAGCUUCAGACACAGCACAAUCAUUUUGCUAUGAACUGUAUGAAUGUGUAUGUGAACAUCAACCGCAUCAUGUCAGUGGCAAAUCGCCUGGUGGAGUCGGGCCACUAUGCUUCACAGCAAAUAAAACAGAUUGCAAGUCAGCUGGAGCAGGAACGGAAGGCGUUUGCUGCAGCCUUGGAUGAACGUAGCACGUUACUGGAUAUGUCCUCCAUCUUCCAUCAGAAAGCUGAACAGUACAUGAGCAAUGUAGACUCAUGGUGUAAAGCCUGUGGUGAGGUCGAGCUUCCUUCAGAACUGCAAGAUUUAGAAGAUGCUAUUCAUCAUCAUCAAGGGAUUUAUGAGCAUAUUACCUUGGCUUACUCUGAGGUGAGCCAAGAUGGAAAGUCACUGCUUGACAAACUUCAGAGGCCUUUGACUCCUGGGAGUUCUGAUUCUCUCACGGCUUCUGCCAACUACUCAAAAGCAGUUCAUCAUGUUCUGGAUGUCAUCCAUGAGGUACUGCACCACCAGCGCCAACUGGAAAAUAUCUGGCAGCAUCGAAAGGUCCGCUUACACCAGCGGCUUCAGCUGUGUGUUUUUCAACAGGAUGUUCAACAGGUGUUGGAUUGGAUUGAAAACCAUGGAGAAGCUUUUCUUAGCAAACAUACUGGAGUGGGAAAAUCCCUGCAUCGAGCUCGAGCUUUGCAGAAACGUCAUGAAGACUUUGAAGAGGUUGCACAGAACACGUACACCAAUGCAGACAAGCUCCUAGAGGCAGCGGAACAGCUCGCUCAGACUGGGGAGUGUGACCCAGAGGAGAUCUACCAAGCUGCCCAUCAGCUGGAGGACCGGAUACAGGAUUUUGUGAGGCGUGUGGAGCAGCGCAAGAUCCUGCUGGACAUGUCUGUGUCCUUUCACACCCAUGUUAAAGAGCUGUGGACAUGGCUUGAAGAGCUACAGAAAGAACUGCUUGAUGAUGUCUAUGCUGAGUCUGUGGAGGCUGUCCAAGACCUGAUUAAACGUUUUGGUCAACAACAACAGACCACUCUGCAGGUUACAGUCAAUGUUAUAAAAGAAGGAGAAGAUCUUAUACAACAACUAAGGGAUUCUGCUAUUUCUAGUAACAAGACCCCCCAUAACAGCUCGAUCAACCACAUAGAGACAGUCCUGCAGCAGCUGGAUGAGGCCCAGUCUCAGAUGGAGGAGCUUUUUCAAGAGCGCAAGAUCAAGCUCGAGCUGUUUCUGCAGCUCCGCAUAUUUGAAAGAGAUGCAAUAGAUAUAAUUUCAGACCUCGAGUCUUGGAAUGAUGAGCUCUCUCAGCAGAUGAAUGACUUUGACACUGAAGAUCUUACAAUAGCAGAACAGAGGCUCCAGCAUCAUGCAGACAAAGCCCUGACCAUGAAUAACUUGACCUUUGAUGUCAUCCACCAAGGGCAGGAUCUGCUGCAGUAUGUCAAUGAAGUGCAGGCAUCUGGCGUUGAGCUGCUUUGUGACAGAGAUGUAGACAUGGCAACGCGUGUCCAGGACCUGCUGGAGUUCCUGCACGAGAAGCAGCAGGAGCUGGACGUGGCCGCCGAGCAGCACCGCAAGCACCUGGAGCAGUGCGUGCAGCUGCGGCACCUGCAGGCCGAGGUCAAGCAGGUACGUGUGGGCCGAGGCCCCGCGGG